AUCAUCUGGAGCUAGGUAUGGUGGAGGUGCUUAUAGCUACCGUAGCUUCGUGAGUCUACAAGAUCACACAACCGCGCUAAUUACCGUAUCGUGCCUAGGUGAAUGUGACAUAAGUACGGCGUGUCGGUAAACUGCCUAUCAGAGAGAGUAUUUUGUCAAUCUAUAGCAAACGGCAGGUUUUGGCGAGCCCACUGUGUCUCUCCUACUUCGUAGGUACGAAAUGUACAUCUGAGAACGCAACCCAAACAGUACUAGUGAUGCGACCUAUAUUGCCUCUAUUAUAUUUCAACAGAUCGCUUCAACAUGCCGCUUGUUUCAUCUGUACCGAGCACAUGCAUAGAGUACAUAGAGUAGAAGAGCUGUCUAGCCUUCAGCUAUAUGUACAAAUAAGCAACUUACAGUAGCGUGAGCAUCUGGCCUCUAAUCAACGCUUCGAUUUACUCAAUAUCAUAUCAUAUGCUCCGACUAUACUUGCUUCCGAUGUCAUUUGACGAAUUUUGAUCCCAUUCCCUUCCGCAACUACUACUAUGUAUUCCCAAGUACAUCUAUGAAUCAACGGGUGGUGGGGAUGAGUGACGAGGGUUUCUAGUCUGUUACACGUCAUGCUACUAGAUAGUCCUUGUACAUGAUAGAUACCUACCUUUUCAGAUCGAGACAUCACAAAUACCUGAGGGAGAGAGGGAGACGGGACCCUUGCUCUCUACGAGAUGACUAUACUCAUUAGAAGAAUUGCAACUGGUAGCGGAUGAUCAGUGAGGAGCCGUCCUACUACUACCCUAUCCCGCGCCCAGAGGAGGAUCACUAUCUCUUCUCUUCAUCUGUCUGUGGGAGUGUAUACAUAGAGUAUAUUUACUAUAUCUACCUUCCCUCUCGCCUACCUAAGUACGAUACGUGUCGUAGGAGCCUUGUGAACCUGUCUUUUGUAAAUAAUACAUUGGAACACAAAGCAUACACUUACGCUACUGGUUUAACCAUGAUUCUGGCACUGUCCAGCGGCUUUUCCAAUUAUGCAGUAGAGAUCUACCGUACAGAAAGCUCUACGCAUGUAAACUUAUGCAGUACUUUGAAGACACUUCGACUGGGAACGUUAGCUUAGGUAUCGUCUACAUGUUAGAUCAGCCACUGCUACUAGCAGGUCCACCGCUUCAACCAAGCAAUCUUCGAUCUGACCAGCGACUUGGACAGAACGCUACACUAUAUUCCGUUGGUUACCACCUGCCAUGCGACGCUCCGGGGGCCUGUUACUCCACAUGGAGUUGAGUCAGUCCACUUAGUAACCCUCCGGUAUCUACCUAUGUACCUGUUGGACCUUGUUACCCACUGUGGAAUGCCGUAUGAUUGCUUUGAAGAUGGGUGAUUCAAGGUAUCCCCUCCCCUGCCCAUACUGCUUUGACCCCCAGCUGGGUGUUUUAUAUCCUGGUAUUCCCGUGAAAAACGUGCUGGCCAGAUAUCGUAAUACCUAGACAGCCCCGACAGCCCUAUCUUCC